UGCAUUGUGUAGUCAUAAUUUACAAUAAACUGACGGCUACGAACAACCAACUUCUAUAAUUUGAGUGCAGCCCUUUAAUUAAAGUUCCAUUACAUUUCAUUUGAUUGAAUAUACCAUGCACGCUUGGUUUCGGAGUAUUUAAACAUCAUGUGUCGCUGAUCCAAAGCCACAACGCUAUUUGACCGGGACGUAUAUUUCAUACAUGACUACGAAUUCUCAGAGGAAAAAAUGUAAUUUUGGAUCUUCUUUAUUUUAAUAUUGGGAAAAUACUAUCUCUUUUUUAUUUUUAAAAAUGAAGAAAAAUAAAGAAAAAUUCGGAAUGUGUUGGAAAAUGUGGUUGCUGAGUAUUUUAACUCCCUCCCUGUGUUAUAAGUUUAACAGUCGUUCAACAGAUACUUGUGAACCCAUAGAGAUACCCAUGUGUCAACACAUGCCGUACAAUAUGACUCGUAUGCCCAAUCUUUUACAUCACAGUUCUCAAGAAAACGCUAAACUCGCCAUAGAACAGUUUCAGCAGUUAAUAGACCAAAAUUGUAGUGAUGUCAUAUUGUUUUUUCUAUGUGCCAUGUAUGCGCCAAUUUGUACUGUUAACUUUCAACAUGCACCUAUUCCCCCGUGCAGGAGCGUGUGUGAGCGCGCACGUGCAGGGUGUGAGCGAAUUGUAAAUUAUCACAAUAUUUCGUGGCCGGAGUAUUUAGACUGUUCACGUCUUCCGCGAUAUGAUCGGGGAGUUUGUGUUUCACCAGCAGCUAUUGUUCAAUCUACCAAAAUCACAAGUAACGGGACCGGAAACAAAGCAAAUCCUGAAAUACAGAAUCCGCGUCCGCCUAUAGGAGGUGGUCCAAAAGUUUGUAGAUGUAACCGUAAAUCAUCCAAACCAAAAAGAAAGAAAUUCAAACAAGGGCGCUUUCAUUUUGCUAUUCAAGGAAAAAUCAAACAACAAGGUGUCAUCAACAAUGCUAAUACUGUUACUAGAAUCGAAGUCCUGAAAGUAUUGAAGGAAAGCAAAGUCCACAUCAAGGUGAAUACCACUGUUGAUCUAUGGACCAAUUCCACGUGUGUCUGCCCGAGGCUCGAUAGUGAUCGCACAUAUCUGCUCAUUGGAUAUGAGGACACAGUUACACAAAGACUUUUGUUUUUGGAUAACUGUCUUGCAGCAAAAUGGCAAAAGCGAUGGGUGAAAAGAAUUAAGAAAUGGAACAGGAGAAAAGGAAGAAAGUGUAGAAAAUCAAGGAGUAAAAGAUGUCGAAAAGGUCGAAAAAGGAAAAAUAAAAACAGGAAAAGAAAACAGAAAAGCUGAAACAAAGCGAUAGUACGCAAUAGCAGUAUUGAGACAUAAACAGUUUAAAUGUAUUAAAGGCGCCAUUGUGGACAUUGACAAAGUAUCAGUCUAGACAAAUCCAACAUGGAGGAACUUAAAGUUUUGAACUGGUAUCCAUGAUGGCGUUAAUAUGAUGCAAACAUGUCAAGAAAAUAUGGAUAUUCUUCUCAAACUUAACCAAUAUUUUCUUUUUAGUUAUAGUCAUACUGGUUUGUCCUUUUGAAACAUAUUUUAUGAAAUAUGUUUGUGACUGAUAUAUACGGAAUUUCACUCCAAGAGUAAGCGAUAUGUCAACAAUUUUUUUCUUCGGUAUUACAUGUUGCAUUAUCAUUUUUAAUUUAAUUAUCCUA